GCGCCAUGUUGGGCUGCGAAGGUGGCAAAAAGAAGCCCCCAAAACAGCCCAAGAAGCAGGCCAAGGAGAUGGACGAGGAAGAUAAGGCUUUCAAGCAGAAACAGAAAGAGGAGCAGAAGAAACUCGGGGAGCUAAAAGCCAAGGCCGCGGGCAAGGGACUCCCGGCCCCAGGUGGAAUUAAGAAGUCUGGCAAAAAGUAAGCUGUUCCUCAUAUUUGAGAUGAUGGUGACCCUCUUCCAUUCCUAUUUAAACAUCUGGAUUCCCUGCCAUAACAUCUUUGCCACCUACAGCUAGAAUGAAGUGUUACCCUGGAGCCUGUUGUACAUUGUAAUAAAC